AUGUCUAUGCCAAUGCCAAUUAUGUUAGAUAACUGUGUGGCAUAUGCCUGCCUGCCUGCCUACACAAUAUCAGGCAAGUACACCCACAAGUAUUCUUAUCCUCCCUCUCCGCCCAUUGGCAGUAGCCUCGUUCAAGGCAAUACGAAAAGUACAAGUACGUCAAGUACAAGAUGCACUCAAGUCACCGAACAUGGCAACAAAGGCAAGGAAAAUGCAACCAAUAACACGGACAAAAUGAUCGUAUAUUUGCACUUUAACACAUUGCCUCCUUGGGGAGCCACACGAGCACACAUCACCACAUGUGGUCACCAAGUCCCUAAGGGUAUGGAAAAUCUAUUCACUAUUUCCAUCAUCUGCAAACAUGAAUUUCCACACAAUAAAGAGGGUAUCAUGUUUUAUACGUCGAUAUUUUUGAUUGCCAUCAUUUUCUUUCGCAUUGCUGGUAAAUGGCCAGAUUUAAUGCAACAAUGGCAACAAGUGGAGAGGGCACUGCCGCCACAGGCCUCGGAAAGGGAACGCUCAUGGCUAUCGCAUCGCAUAAAGAUGGUAAUGCUGGUGGCGGUCACUUGUUCCCUGGCGGAACAUAUUCUCAGCAUGCUGACCAUUAUCUAUUAUGUCAAUCGCUGUCCCCGCUUCCAGAAUCAGCCGUUGAAUAGCUUUCUCUUUACGAAUUUCAGCCAAUUCUUUUAUUUCUUUGAAUACACCACCUUUGCGGGCAUUUGCGGCAAGGUCAUCAAUAUCCUGUCGACAUUUGCCUGGAGUUUCAACGAUGUCUUUGUGAUGUGUCUCUGUGUGUCCAUGACGGCCAAGUUUCGACAGUUAAAUGAUUACAUGGCGAAAUAUUCGAAAAAGCCCACAACUCGUUCAUUUUGGAUUGAGAGACGCAAGACCUAUCGGAUGCUCUGUCAUUUGUGCGAAGCUGUGGAUGACACCAUUGCUGUGGCGACCCUUUUGUGUCUGACAAAUAAUCUAUAUUUUAUUUGUAAUAAAAUUCUAAAAAGUUUACAAAAGAAGCCAUCCAUCGCCCACACUCUCUACUUUUGGUAUUCAUUGAUUUUUGUGAUAUUUCGCACCUUUUUGUUUGCCCUGUUUGCGGCAGCCGUUCAUGAUGAAUCGAAACGUCCUCUGGUCAUAUUUCGUAAUGUCAAAAGGGAAUAUUGGUGUUCGGAGUCUCCCCGAAAAAGCAAUUUUUGCUACCGCAAUUUUUCAAAAUAUAAGGUCUCAUUUUUAUGGACACGAGCAGCGAUAAUAAAUUGCCAUCUGUUGUCGGGUUGGAAAAGUCAAUAUGGUUUGGAAACUUAA